CGAAAUAGUCAGUCUUAUUCUGUUCUCGAAAUAGGACUGUCGUUUUAUUUUCAGGGCGUAUACAAUUGUGCUUUCCGGCUGCUGCUGCUGAGGAGUAAAUAGCAGCUCCUUCUGCAUCGUGGUCAAUUUACCAUCUACGUGUGCCAAUACUGAAUCGUUUGAAUUCUCAGUGAUUUCCUCCAGCCAACCAAGGAGAUUGAUUGAGAUUUUGUAAUAAAUUCUCACUGACGAAAUAGUCAGUCUUAUUCUGUUCUCGAAAUAGGACUGUCGUUUUAUUUCAGUUGAAGAAAAAUUUUCAGCUUUUAAAAUGGCCAUGACUAAAAUUAAUCCAGAAUACCACGUGCACAAUCAAAGCAUUCGUCGUGAAUUUAUACGCAAGGUGUAUUUUAUAUUGAUGUGUCAGUUGUUGGCAACUUUGGGAGCUGUGGCAAUCUUCUUCUUCUCCCCCGAAGUGAAGGACAUUGUCGACCGCAAUAUUUGGAUCUUAUGGCUGUCUGGGAUCAUCAUGGUGGUGACAAUGGUGGCCUGCUGGAUCGAGAAUGUGCAACGACAGACGCCAAAAAAUAUAUGCUUGGGCAUUUUCACCUUCGCUAGAUCCUUUUUUCUGGGCGUCGCAACCAGUUAUUAUGCUGACAACAAGGUGCUUUUGGCCAUCGGGACUACAGUUGCCAUCUGCUUGUCACUCACGCUCUUUGCCAUGCAAACUAAAUGGGAUUUGACAGUGUCGGGAAAAAUUGUGAUAUAUGCCAAACUCAUCUUUAACCUGUUCUCCAUCUUCUUUGGUGGCAAGUUACCAUCUCUGAGCUAUUCAUCGCUUUGCGCCUUUUUCGCCUCCUUCAACUUGAUCUACGACACGCAGUUGAUGAUGGGCGGUAAUGUAUGUAAGUAUAUCAUUAGUCAGGAGGAAUACAUUUUCGCCAUAAGCAACCUGUAUUAUGAUAUUUCAAACAUUUUCUUGGACGUGUUAAACAUUCUGGGCAUCACAGGAGAGUAAAUAAAUGGAUUACAUGUUAAAAA